AUGGAAAGUCACGUGGGUCUGGCGGUCUACGUCCUUGCGUGCAUGGGUAUGGGAGUACCUGUCGUGCUUCUAUCAGCGCGCCUGAGUGCGCCUGCUGUGCACCAUCUCGUUCGGGAAACAGGCGCGAAGCUUAUUCUCGUUUCGCAACGGCUCCUUCCUUUGGCUUCUGAGGCUUUCCCUGGUGUAGAGGGAGAUGGCAAAGAAGAAGUGGACGAGAAUGGAGUAGCUAUACGCCCCGUCCUUGGCUACGAAACCGUGCUUGUCCUUCAUUCUUCAGGGACCUCAGGGUUGCCAAAGCCAAUACCUUGCUCUCAUCGGUAUUUCUUGGGAUAUGCAACCUGUCAUACCUUCAACUCCCAGGAAGAAGCCCACGGCCUGACCGUCUCGACGCUCCAAUUCUUUCACGUAAGUAAUGAGAAACAAUUUUCUACUCCUGGAUCCGCACUAAUAGCAAUGAUAGGGUUUUGGCUUCGUGGUGAUCUGCUUAUCCCUCAAUAUCGGCAAGACGAUCUGCAUCCCACCGCCUUCCAUGAUUCCAAAGGGCACGAGAUUCUGCGAGGACUGGACUUUGUUGGCUUCAGCGGUGGCAUGCCGAAGGCGUCUGUUGGGGACAGGCUCGGUGAUGCAGGGGUGAGGCUGGUCAUGCAGUAUGGCGCGACCGAGACUGGCCCCUUGACCCCCUUUUUUAUACCUUCGAAGGGAUACGACUGGUGCCGACUUCGACUUCGGAAUGAUACGCUUGGCCCGUUACAGGUCCGACUAGAUCGUGUCGACAUUGAGGUUGACCAGUCCGAUGACUCGCAAGCAGACGCUGAUUCCCAGCGCAUCUUCAAGUACAAACUUAGUUUGAGACCCUUCGGAUGGCAAGAGCGCUUCGAGCUCCAAGAUCUGAUCGUAACUAGACAGGAAAGCUCCCCCGAGGGCGACAUCGGACAGUUAGGUUUCACUAUUGUCGGCCGGAUAGACGAUCUGAUCUGUCUUGCAACGGGGGAAAAAGUGCGGCCUACCAUACUAGAGUCUCUGCUCAGACAGCAUGAGGCAAUUAAAGACGCAGCAGCAUUCGGAGAUAACCAAUUCGAACUGGGAGUCAUUGUGGAGGCCAUCGAAGCCGUUGAGAAAGGCGAGAUGGACGGUUUCAAGACGCGUAUAUGGCCAGUCAUCGAGGAAGCUGGUCGUCAAAUGGAUGCGCAUGCCAGAAUCACAUCGCCCGCUGCCAUCAUGAUAGUUCCUCCAGGGGCUCUCCCAAGAUCGGACAAGGGAACUAUUCUCCGAAAUGCGGUGGCGAAGAAAUUCGCCAAGGAGAUAGCGGACGUAUAUCAGGCGCUCGAGGCGAACGCAGACGCGCCUCCGUUUGACCUAACCUCGCCCAGGUCAGGCAUUAGGGCACUGGUGGCAGACAAUAUCAAGUGGCAAGCCCUCGGAGACGAUUGGUCGGACGAUGACGAUUUCUUUGCCCGGGGCAUGGAUAGCCUCCAGGCAACUAAGCUGCGGAGGCUGUUGACAGAGUCAGUGCGUGCGACGCAUAUCGCGUCUGGAGAGCUGGAGGCAAACCAACUGCUGCCAGUUGAGAAGAUCACCGACGACUUCAUAUACCUGCACCCGUCGGUCAGCAAGCUUCUCGAGGCUUUGAUUCCAAAGCACACAGCUGCAAACGGGACCAUGUCUGAGACGGAGCUCAUCGAACAGCUGGUCGAUAAAUAUACGGGUAUAGGCCGCCAAAGCCAGCCAAAGAAAGCAAGUGUCGUGCUUACAGGUGCCAGUGGAAGUUUGGGCUCCUUUGUCCUUGGGCAGCUUCUCAUGGAUGACUCUGUGUGCCGCGUCAUUUGUCUGAACAGACCUGGGAAAGAUAACCCGAUCGAGGCCCAAAAGCUCGCGAUGAGAUCACGGAAUAUCUCGGUCAGGGAUGAUCUGUGGUCUAAAGUCGACAUACGCCAGACGAGCACGGGGGCUCCCUUCCUCGGGUUAGAAGAGUCUGAGUAUGAGCGCUUGGCAAACGAGGCAACGCAUAUCGUACAUAUUGCGUGGCCAAUGAACUUCAAAAUGGGCCUGCAGUCUUUCGAUGCCUCCUUUCGAAGUGUCCAGAACCUCAUCCAGCUUGCCCGCAAGGCACACUUUUACCAGCCUCGGGGAAAACCGAGGGUAUUGUUUAUAUCUUCGAUCUCCACUGUCGGCAACUAUCCACUGGUCAAGGGGGAAAGUCUGGUUCCUGAGAUCACUGUCAAGGAUCCAUACUGGACCCUCGAGCUCGGCUACGCCAAAGCCAAGCUCGUAUGCGAGAGGAUGAUCCAGCGAGCCGCUGACGACUACCCCGGGAUUGAGGCCGGACUGGUCAGAGUCGGACAGAUCGCGGGAGCUAGUAGUGGCUAUUGGAACGCCAAUGAACACUUCGUGGCCGUAUGCGCCUCAUGCCAGAAAAUAGGAAUGUUUCCCGAGCUACGUGGUAUCUAUCAUCUGGAAAACCCCGUCCGGCAGAGUUGGGAGGAAGUAGUAAGGCUCAUGUCCAGCGAGCUCCAGAUACCGAGCUCGUCCAUCAUCCCGCUGGAGCGCUGGCUGGACCUCGUCGCAUCUACGUCAGGACCAGACAACCCUGCCGCAAACCUCAUCAACUUUCUCCGAAACGACUUUGUGCAAAUGUCUUGUGGGUCUAUAGUUCUGGAUACAUCCAUCUCGUGGAGUGUCUGCUCAACUAUGGCCAAUAUGGGGCCCGUGGGAGACGAGACCGUGAGGGCCUACAUUUCUUACUGGAGAAGGAUCAAGCUCUUGAAAUAA